CCUCAACUCUCAACCCAGCGGAACAUCCCAGCGGAACAUCCCAGCGAACGCACCACGACAGCUCCAGAACAGGCAAUUCGCGAGCCAUGGCGACCCCCAUCAAGGUAGGCAUCGUCGGCUACGGCUUCUCGACAAAGUGCUUCCACCUGCCCUUCAUCCUGCCGAACCCGGAGCUGCACGUGCACGCCUUCCUGCAGCGAGCCCCCGCCCCGGAUCCGGCCAGUCCCUCCGACGCCCCGGGCUGGGGCCACUGCACCGUCGACUUCCCCGGCGCCAAGCACUACCGGACGCCGGAGGAGUUCUUUUCCGACGGCGAGAUCGAGCUCGUCGUCGUCUGCACGCCGUCCCAUGAGGAGUUCGUCGAGAGGGCUCUGGAGGCGGGGAAGCAUGUUGUGGUCGAAAAACCAUUCGUCAACACCAGUGCUGCGGCAGACAGGCUGAUCGCUCUGGCGAAGGAAAAGGGGAAGGUUCUGACCGUCUUCCACAACCGGAGGUUCGACAGCGACUUCCGGACGCUGGAGCACCUAGUCAACAGCGGCGCCCUGGGCGACAUCCGCGACGCGCAGCUGCACUUCGACUUCCCGUCGCCCAGCUGGGUGUCCGGCUGGACGCGCAAGGAGUACCAGCCCGGCGAGGGCAUGGCCUUUGGGCUAGGCACCCACACGGUCGACCAGGCGCUGCGGCUCUUCGGGACGCCCGCGUCCGUGACGGGGUUCCUGCGGUCCAACCGCGGCGUCGACAGCGACGUCGACGACACGUUCACGAUCGUGAUGCAGUACGCCGGCGAGAAGCGGAACCUGCUCGUCACGGUGAAGACGGCGAUUGUCACGCCCUUGCAGGACCAGCUCAAGUUCUUUGUCCGCGGUACGGGGGGGUCUUACGUCAAGUUCGGGAGCUGCCCGCAGGAAGCCAGGGCGAUCGCGUCGCCAGGCCAGCCUGCGACGGACCCCGACUUCGGGGCCGAGGACCCGCGCAUCUGGGGCACGCUGUCGACGACGGGUGAGUUCGACGCCGCGAGCCAGACGCUCGACGCCGCGAGCGGGCUGCACGUCGGCAAGUACCCGAGCCUGCCGGGGUGGUAUCGGGGGUACUACGAGAACGUCGCCGACGCCGUGCGCGGGAGGGCGGAGGUCUGCGUCCGGGCCGAGACGGCGAGGGAUGGGCUGAGGGUCAUUGAGUUGGCUAGGGAGUCGCAUGUCAGGGGAUGCACGAUGCCUUGGUCGUAGGGCGGUGGGGUUUAUGCAUGUAGGGCGGGAAUCUAGAGUCAUGGGUGAAAUUGGAACAAAAUGCGGCAGUGAUGGUCAAGCAGGUCUGUCUGUGGUUAAGAAACGGUGGGAGCGAAUCGGUGAGGCCCGGUUCGCUCACACACCUUCGAUGCAUGUAUGAUUGUGGAGGUAUUACAUGUGUUUUUUGGUGCCUAUCGGGCCAGUUAGGUGCGUAGAAGAUGGCCCGCCAUAUCCAGCCCAUGUGUUCCAG